AGAAACAAUUUACAAGUGGAGAAGAAUGAAUUACUUGAAGAACGUGAAAAAAUAAUCACUAGUGAAAUUGGAAAUGAAUUAGGAGGAGAUGCCCAAGCAUUAGAUGAUAUGAUUGAGAUGAUCACCUCAGAAAUUGCUUACAUUAAUUCUAAGAUUCAUUAUUUGCAUAUUAGUAUUGCCGCGGAACAAGAAGAAAAUUGUAAACAAGAAGAAUCGAAUCACGAUUGUGAAAAUAACAAAGAAACUGGAGAUAAACCACGAAAGAAUAGUAUCAAGACUGGUGAAGCUGAACGUAAACUUUCCUUCAUCUUACCAGAAAAUGCCACACCUGAAGCUUCAUAUAAUUUUGCGUUUCGCAUACUACGAAAUUUGGAUGAAUUCGAAUCUUAUACAUUAUUGGAAUCUCUCUUUAAGGACAUUAUUGAACUUCGAACUGGAGAUUGGUCUCGUCAAAUGAUUCUAGAACAACGGGAAAAGACAAUUAUGGAUUUAAGAAAAUCAUUAUUGGUCAUGCGAAGAGCUACGGGUUUUACAACAAGUGAAUAUGAGAAAAAAAACAUAGAACUCGAAGAAACUUUACGUCUUGAAAAGAGAUCAGAAACACCGACAGAAGAUGUUGGUUUUGACUCAACAAAGAACAAAUAUAAUGUUGAAAGACGGGAUAGUGCCGCCAGUGCCGCCAGUGUCAUCAGUGUCACCAAAAAUUAUGAAGAAACAGCAGCAUUAGAAGGAAGGCGAGAAGAAUACCGCCUGAACUAAAAGUACAAGCAUAA